AUAGCAAAGAAAAUUAAAAAUGCAUGCCAUGAAAGAGUUCGGGUCUUAGGAGGUUAAAUGAUCCAGAGAAGGCUCGGGAGAAAGUGCUGUGGCCAGAUGAAACCAAAAUCGAACUCUCUGGCAUCAUCUUGAGCCGGAAGAGAAAUAUGUACGAUCCAAAGAACACCAUCAGCACAGUCACUUGAUCUCCAUGUUUUUAAUUUAGCUGCUGUUGACUUCAGUUCUUGUUUUGAUCUACUGUGAUCAUAAGCUCAUGUAACUUCCUUCUCCACCUACAAUUAAGGCGGUGGUCUGACAGACCGUCAGAACCUCUAACUUGAGGGUGUUACAGAAAUGAGUAACGGGCCCUUGGCUGAUAGGCCACUCCUCUGCUAAGUUGAUUGACAUAAAGACUUCUUUUCAAUGGGUUAACUAUCGAAUGUUAUGAUUUUCUAGGUGGUGCAGUUCACCAAGAACUUCAAGCUUCAGUUCUUUCUGAGUGAAAUUCUAAUAUUUUAUUAGUAGCUAUUACUUUGCGAUAAAUCUGUGCAAUGCACCAAUAACAUUUACAGGAUGAAGCUGUUGGACCAAGCUAAAUGCUGUUAGCUUGUUAGCCAAAUAAGACUUAACUUCUAGCUCAAAAUAUUCAACAUGACUGUGGUAAAAAUGUGAAUGUUUAAUCUUCAAAAUGUGCAAAACCAAUUCAAAAUAGGACUGCACACUAACAAACUGAUGGUAGAUGCCAUAAUUUCCUCAGAUAAAUAUGAAGCGGGGAAACGGGCUAGCUGAUUAGCAUGAACUGAACUUUCAAAAUGAGAAUGAAGGGAAGCUGCCUUUGCUUCCAGUAAACCUUUCUACAUUUGGUUGAGUUGACCCUUUUAACUUUAGAAAACUGAACUCUGACAACAUGAAAAAGUUGGAAAGUUUAACCUCAAGACAUAAUUACCCAACGCUGUAGCCAGUACCCUCUCUAACACGUAGCAUGGAGCCUGUCUUGAUACGCUGCCAGACUUUUCCAGAUGGGAUAAAAGACGGUCUGAGUCACUCACAACAUUUGCAUAGUGUAUCUCAACGUGCUGCCAGAAACGGGUACACAAAACUUCAAAUGCGGUUGAUGCCGCUUCACAAACAAGCCGCGACUCAAAUCAGUGCGUCAGCGCCGAAAUGACAUCCGAAGGUAUUACUGCGUCCUAAGUGCUCGUAAAAACAAUAAACACGCAUGUCUAAAUAGCACAGCUGGAGAGACGGUCUAAUCACUCGGAGUCACUGCGACACAAACGAGCGCGGUGGCGUCGUUAAAAACCUUAGCAAGUGGGGAGAUAGAGUUGUAGCAGUCAUUAAGGGCAGCACUGCUCUCUGCAAUUCUGGCUUAUCUACUGCAAGGUGGAGGCACGGGGAGGGUAUUUCUGCUCGGGGCUCAUGUGCAAAGCUGAGAUACAGAACAAGAGGGAAGUGGAGGGAGAGAGAGGGAGAGCUAGAGCUGGUUCAUUUGCAGCUCGUCCCUGUAGACUGUGGAAAGGAUUAUACUCACAGAGAGAGAGAGAGAGGGAGAGAUGCACAGGCUCUGUCUUAGCACACACUGAGUACCCAGCCUCCAAUCUUCUACACUGCACUGUGCACUCUCCCCAUCUCCUCAACAGCACUCACUUCUCUCUCUUUGCUCCAUCACACACACACACACAUAUAUACACACACACAGCACACACACGUGCAGACACAAACCCACCAGUGCCAUGUAGCCUCGGCCAGAGGGGGACACCAACCUGCACAGGACCACGAGCCAGGUCGAGAGAAGAGAAAGGGUCCCAUGAUCUCUGCCGGCGAUGCCGAGUUCCCCCGGGAUUACCACACCCUGGCUGCCACUGGUGGCCGCGGGGCCCGACGGUUCCCCGACAACAGCAACGGGGGCUUCACGUCGUCCUCGCUGGACCGCCGGCACAACUCUGUGGCUGCCAAGAGCCUGGAGGCCCUGAACAGCAUCCACAAGGCUGACAUAGAGCGUCAGCGAGACGCCAUCAUGGACCUCCAGAAAAACAAGUUCUCCAACAGCCCCAGCAGCAUGUCACAGGGCUCCCCCGCUGCGGGCCGACAGCAACAACCAAACUACUGGAGCUUCAAGACUCGCACGCCACGUGUGACACGACUCAGCCCGACACAGCCAGCUCUCGCCGACCAGGCCAGCAGGGUAUCCUUCGCGUCAGCCGAAAAUCUGGAGAGCAUGUCAGACCCUGAUAUUCCCAUCGGCUUCAACAGGAUGAACCGGCUCCGCCAGAGCCUGCCGCUGGCCCGCUCGUCCAGCCAGGCCAAGCUGCGGGCGCCAGGGAUCUUGUUCCUCCAGCUUGGGGAGGAGACUCGCAGGGUUCACCUGACCCACGAGCUGACCAGCCUGGACACUCUGAGGGCCCUCAUCGUGCACAUGUUCCCCCAAAGGCUCACCAUGGCCAUGCUCAGGUCUCCCAGCACGGCUCUGUUGAUUAAAGAUGAGACCCGUAAUGUCUUCUAUGAGCUGGAGGACCCACGGGACGUUCAGGACCGCUGCGUAAUUAAGAUUUACUGCAAAGAGCCCAUCUACAGCACCUACCCUGGACAUCACAACCCACACCUGGCAAACGGAGACCUGCGGAGGGAGAUGGUGUAUGCACCCCAGGACUCUCCACCCAACCGCCGCCUGAGCAAUCCACCGAUGUCUUCCCAGCAUUCAUCUUCCUCUGCUUCCCCUCCCCAAGGCUCACCUUCCCGUGCUCGUCUACUUUACAGUGGCGGAAGGCCUUCGUCCUAUGCCGGGCCACACCACCACACCCACUCCCUGCCUCACCCUCACUCCCAGUCCCACCACUCCUCUCCCCACCAGCAGCCCCAGCUCCACCAGCCCCACCAGCCCCACCACCCCCAGCCGGCCUUCUGCGCCUCCUCCAGUGCCAUACUUGAGCGCAGGGACGUGAAGCCCGACGAUGAAAUGGGGGGAUCCAGAAGCAUGGUGCUGCUGAGGGGGGAUGAUCGUGGUGGGGGCGGGAUUUACGCAGACCCCUACACUCUGGGUCCAGAUCCAAGUCGGCUUAGCCUCGCAGGGGGUCCUCACUCUCCUUUGCCAGCAAGAGCCGACCCAUACGGCUCCUUAUACCGCCGUGGUGGAGGUGGGGGUGGUGGAGGUGCUGCAUCAGUGCGUUCACUCACCUCCUAUUCAGCAGCUGCACUACAAGGAGAACUGAUGGAAAACAGCGCUCUCUACAGGCCUGGAGGACCUCUUUAUAACGAUGCCUAUGCUGCGUCUCUGUUGGCCAUGGGGUUGCGGGUGCCUCCACCCUCCUCCCCGCAGAAGAUACCUGACAUGAGAGAUUCCUAUGGAGCAACCAUGCCCAAUCGGGGUUCUCCAGGGAGACAGAGUUUGCGAAGAGACUCUGUGACCUCUUCGGUGUUUGGGGAAAGUCCCAAAGCCCGGGGUCAGGGACCAGGACUGGGUCUCACCUCAGAGCAGCUGUGCCUGUUGGCUGGUGCCGGAGGGGAUGGAGGUGGACCUGGAAGCUUCGGCUCACCUCUGCUGGGGAAUGAGACAGAAACCAGGGAGCGUAUGGAGGCGAUGGAGAAGCAGAUAGCCAGCCUGACCGGGCUGCUGCAGAGAGUACUGAGCAAAGCGCCUGAGGCAGAAAGCCCGGAGAAGAUUGAGUCAGCCAGUGACUGCUCAGGAACUGACACUGGACGAACUAUAAAAAAGAAAGCUUUGACACCAUCUGCUCCUCUGGCCCUGAUGCCUCCUCCACCCUCGGGGCCCAACCAGCCUGUGACGGUGUCCCGCCUGCAGAUGCAGCUCCACCUACAAAGCCUGCAGCAGAACACCAACGCCCUGCGCAAACAGCUGUCACAGCUACGCAACAUGCAGCUGGAGAACCAGGACUCGGUGCUCGCCCUGCUGAGACAGACGGAGUCUGAACUGAGCCUCAUGAUGCUGGAUGCCAUGCGCACCCAGGAGGACCCGCUUCAGAGACAGCGCCUCCUAGUGGAGGAGGAGAGGCUCAAGUACCUAAACCAGGAGGAGCUGCUCAUCCAACAGCUGCACGACCUGGAGAAGUCUGUGGAGGAGCUCCAGAGGAACUCGUCCGUGAAUCACGGGCUCGUGACGGAGCAGGACGUGGAGCAGAAGAGCAAAGAGCUGAGGAUGCUGGGAGAGACACUCACUGAGCUAAAAACAGGUGAUCCAGACCAGUUCCCGAGCCUUCAGAGUAAGAUGCGCGUGGUGCUGAGGGUGGAGGUGGAGGCUGUGAAGUUCCUGAAAGAGGAGCCUCAUCGUCUGGAUGCCCUGCUGAAGCGCUGCAACACCAUGACGGAUGCUCUCAGCACGCUGCGCAGACAAGUCACCGAGGGGGUGUGGAAGAGCCCCGAGGACCUCUCCAGCCAACCGCAGAAACGAGCCGAUGACCUGAGUCGUACCUCUGAUCUCGACAUCCUGAACAGUCCUCCUCUCAGCCUCACCGAUCUCAGCACCAGCGCCGGCCUGGCCAACUGGAUGCCCGUGUCUGCCGGCGACGCGGACACCUCGGGCCCCGAGCAGGACAUCCAGCCUACGAUGACCUUUAGAAAUCGAGUUCUUGAUGAGCUGCCAAGCCGGCGUCCUCCUGAUAAGUCUGUGUCCGCCGAAGUGCGACUGGCGGCCGAGCGGGACUGGGAGGAGAAGCGUGCCAGCUUGACCCAGUUCAGCGCCCAGGACAUCAAUCGCUUGCUGGAAGAGACUCAGGCAGAGCUGAUGAAAGCCAUCCCCGACCUUGACUUCGCUGCCAGGCACAUAAACAAGCCGGCAGUGCCCCCAAAGCCCCAGAUCACCAUCCCAAUAACGUCCGCCGCAGCUACCUCUGCAGCUGGGACCACUGGGACCACAGCCACGACCUCCACCACUACAAACACCACACCCAGCGGGGACCAGCAGCCUGGAAAGGUGCAGCUGGCUGCCCAGAAGCUGAACAGCAUGGAGGGGGCUGGUUCGCAUCGAGGCUCAGUGGACCUCAACGUGGCCAAGUAUCGAACAGAAAAGCCCUCCAAGUCUCCUCCUCCGCCUCCACCUCGCCGAAGCUUCCCCUCCGCUCACGGCCUCACCACAAACCGUACUGGAGAAGUCAUCGUCACCUCCAAGAACCUGAAGAUGGAAGAAGAUGGUGACCUGCCAAAAACCCUCGUGAAACUGAGGCGGACCCCCUCCGAUGCCCCCCGACCUGCCUCGACACCUCCCGUGAUCGCAGCCUCGGCCGUACAAGAUGAAGACGACGAAGAGAAGAUUAUUGCCGAGCUGGAGAUAUUUCAGAGAAUGCCUGUAAAAGAUUGUAAUAAAGGGUACAGCAGCCCAGCAAAGGCCACCCCCACCUCUCCCUGCAUCAUGGGCAGAAAGUACAGCAGUAACUCUCCUGGCCCGAUGAAGGGACCCACCGUCGCCGCCCGGCUCAAACACCUCCAGCAAGGCAGCCUGGAGAGGCCCAAAACCCGCAGGCAAAAAGAGGAGAUCCCCAAAGUCCAGGGUCAGCAGCAGGUAUUCCACUUCUAAAAAGUCCACCUCUGAUGCUUCGUCUGCCUCUGCCUCUCCUCUCUGCUGUCACUCCAAAGGAAGUCCCGCUCCCUUCCUCGGUGACUUCUGCGAGAUGAAAACUGUAUAGGCCUGACCGGCAGACGACACGAGAUCAAACACAAACCAGUGGGGGAGAAUACUACAGAAACCUUGUUUUUUUUACCAGUUCUUGAUGUGUGUUUUGAGUUACUGGAUCUAACCUAGCUUGCUUAGAGGUCAAGUUUUUGUCGUGCGAGUACGUCAAUGUUUUGAUUUCCUGAGGAAGGUCUCGGUGCUUGUGACUGACUAAACUAGCUUUAUUAUGAUAGAUCUAUUCCGAUACAUCCUCUGCCUCCGUUGUGUGAAAUAAGCUUCAGUAAUGCCACGGAAAGACUUCAUAUCUCAGAGUCACAGAGAUGAUAUUUCACCCUGAUCCAACCAUGUUUUCUCUCACUGAAUCCUCCUCAUCUCUCAGUCUGUUCAUCCAGUAAUGACCACAUGCUGCUCUUUUUCUAUUACCCAUCAUUUAGACCUCAAGGUCAGCAGGCAGGGCUGCAGCAGGCGCUGAAAAACCUGAAGGGUUCACAGUCCAGCCGCUAGGCCAGUCCAUAACGCUAGCUUACUUGCCUUUUUUGAAAGCCAGGAUGCUAUGAUUAUUUUGCAAGACACCAAGCGCAGAACACAAGGCAUAAGGUCAGCAGAAGAUGGUGUGCAGGUUUCAGUUUAGUGUCUGCAGUAAGCAGAGUUAAAGUAGCACCCUUAGCAGUGAUGUUAAAACAAAGACGAAUCGAUGGAAAGAAUGGAAGCAAGGACCACAACCCAAACAGAUAAUGAAGAUGAGCUGAACGAGAAGCAGCGAGACAACAGGCUGCAAUUUGGGGAAGACCUUAGUGAGGAUCAGGGGCAACAGAUCCCCAAAGAAAGCCACCUUCCCCUGGAAGCAGUGAUUGAGCGUUUUGCAAAUUUUGAAAACUGUAGCAGUUGUAAAACUGGUAGAAGCGACCGUGACUUUGAAAAGGUUGUGUGGGAAGAUAUGUGACAGGAAGAGGAGUCUUUGGGGUGUCCUGCUAGUGAACUUCAGAUAAAUUAAUUCCAAUCAUUGAUCUGAAUAUAAAACGGGGUGUAAGGAAAGUUUCAGGAAAAACUUUUGAACUAAUGUCAAGUUCUCUAAAAGUUAUUUUCAUUUCAACGUCUAAAAAUUUAACUUAAAAUUCGAACUUUCUCGUUAGCUUCUAUCCAUAGACUGUAUAUAAAAGAUGGACAAACAUCAGUAAGAAGUCCUGUUUUGAAGCCUCGAGGUUAAUUUUUCACCGCUGUCAAUCUUGGCAUUUUAAAACCAGAUGGGACAACUCAGUAGCCAAUGAACACCCCCUACAUAAUCCUCCUUUCUGACUCUAAUAAUGACAAUAAUUUACAAAAUUAUUUACAAAACAGCCUUCAUGUUUAUUUAACUACACCUGAAAUGAUGAUUUAAUGAUCUGAAAGUGUUUUCUGAGAUCACAAGGCUGCUGUCCCAUAGUCUCCUAUCAAAGAUGAGUCACGUGAGUCUCCCCCUGCUGGCUGUUAGAAGAAUGCAGGUCUUUAUGUUGGCUUCACCUAUCAGACCUGAGCAUUCGGUCCAUCUUUUAUACUGCCUGUGGCUCUAUUGGUCAUGUGACCCAGUAACCAUCUGUCAUUUUAAUUACCACUGACACUAAAGGAAGUGGGGUUGAAUAUCAGCCACUUUUAUCAAUGACCGGUGGCGAGACAUGGUCGGGUAACGAGUUAAACUUUUCUUAACUUUGAAGCGAGCGACAGAGGCGAAAACUAACUGGAGAUGAACUAGAUAUACAGAAGCAACCGACUGUCAGCUGUAAAGCUGAGAGCAGGAUUUGUCAUUUUCAGUUAAUUAAGCUGCACGUUAUUUUCCCAAUUGAUAAUUUGUUUGAACCUUUUUAUUUGCUGUUGCUUUUGACCUUGAUAAACAGGUGAAUUAUUCUGUUUUAGCUCCAGUUGUGCUUGAAUUACAAAACCAGGCAUUUAUUUGCUUUAAAAAACUCUCUAACACUUCUUUCUUACCACAAACACAACCGUGACCUUCCUUUCCGCAAGACAAACUUGAGACUUGUCUUGGUUCCCUCAAAUACCCUUAACAGGCAAGUUUGAUAAGAAAAGGAGGCAUGAGAAGCCAAUAUUCAGGAUGGGGGAAACCUGGAGUAUGUCCGUGUGACAGAAAGAGCAGAACUGGGACGAUUUACAGUGCACACAUUCAGGAGUUAUCUGUAGAAAAUGCAGAUAAAGUAGAUUUUUUUGUGAGUUCCUGGUUGCGCAAAGACUAAAAAGUAAACCUUACAAAUUUUUUAUGGACUCCUGCAGUGUUUCAUUACUAAAGUGCUGUGAUGGCUUUGUACAAUUCCAAACUACUUAACCACGAUGUUUGUUGGCAAAUUAAACCUCCAGUUUAAUCACUUUUACACAGAAAGAGGCUUCUGAGCUAAUCCAGGCAUCUUGAAUAAAUAAAAAUGCCGCGUACGCUAGCACGCCUUUCGCAGCCGAUUCUGAAUCUGCCACAAAUUCCCAUCCGCUAUGUUGCCGUGCACCAGCACAGUACAAAGAGAGAAAUCGGUGAGUAAAUCAGCAGCUCGGUGUAAAACACGUCGCCUCCUCCUGAGCGUGUCUGUGCAAACGGGAGGUUAAAGUUGGCUGAUGAACCCUCAAGCACGGCCCUUUCGCUGCAGAGCUCCACUCGCUCUUAUCUGGUCCUGCAGGCGCUCCGGGCUGCCCCUGACCUGCUGAGCGUAACAGCCUUGACCCAUCCUUGGCUACGAUCCUUUUUGAGUAAAUACUGACAAUGAAAAUAAAAACGCAUCCAGCUGGUGCCUCUCAGUCAGGCAGGCAGCGGGUCACUGUCAAUCAUCCUCUCAUGUGUCAGCGCUGGUUUUGAUUAAUGAUUUUUCCAUGAGAUAUCCGUCAUUAACUCAAAGCAGCUCCUCCACAUGAGCCCAGAUAUCUUUAUAGACUUCGCUUUCAUGUAUGCGAGUAGGCCAGCGUCUUUAACAAUGCCUCAUAUUAGCAGUAACAGCCGUUCACAUGCGGCCAACAUGGCUGACCUCCAGUUGACACGCGAUGCCAUCUGGGCGCUCGUGGACGAAGAGGCCGUGAGGAUUAGUAUUCAGCUCCGGUGCCAUCUUGUACCGGUCUGAAUAUUAACUCACUUUUUUUUUGCACCUCAUUUCCCUUAUUGCUUUUUAAAAAUUCAUGAUUUUAUAACCACACAGCCUGAAAGCAAAUGGUCAAAUAAUGUACUGUAAUUUUUCUAUUACGCAGGCCGGAGCCAACGCACGGCUGAGAUAAUGUCAUCGAACGUGCUGUUAAUAUUAUGCACAAACAUGUUCUCUUAUCGCAUCCGGCUAAAUUAACUGUAGAGCAUCACUUGUAAUGGAAACGCUGGGAUAACAGCGUGGCUCAUCUGUGUCAUGUCAAUGUCAGCCUCUACUGUACAUACAACCAUGCGGCCAAAUGAAGCCUCGUGUAAACGAGUUAAUGUAAAGAGAAGGGAGGCAGUGAAGAGUAAAGAAUACACAACUGGGGGAGGCGGCAGCGAGUUUACUCACUGAAGCUAGGAGCUGGAAUUAGAAACCACCUCACAGGAAUGUUAAUGUUUUACCUUCUUCCUGUUGAUGGACAAAGAUGCUGUUCCAAACUCAGUGGCUGCCUCGCUCCUUUUGGCUUCUGCUCUACUUUAAAUUAAAUGAAAAUGGGUCAAAAUUGUGUUUCAAAUCUGCAGAAAUCUACAAAAAAAUGUGGUCAAAGCCAGAACGUAGGAACUAAAUUUGAACUUUGUUGUCUGUAAACUGAAGUCGCGAUCGCUCUUUCUGCCACGACUCGACAGACGCUUCUUUUCCUUCAGGAUCGGUGACCUGGAGCGAAGUCUGCCUUAUGACAAAUGAACAAAACCAAGGGUUCAGCUCUGCUUCUUACCAAAAAAUCUCUCACUGCUGCUGCUUUCACUCAUUCUUUAGGAAAAUGGCAGGGAACUCCUGCAGUAGCAGCUCCAUACCUGCUGACAUCAGUGGUUCCAGCUUGUUUUUCUUUUUUUGCUGCAGCCAGGUAUUUAGCAGCAGUAGCAGCACGAGGCUUUUAUUGGUGGACGUGCAUGAUACUAUAUUUGGUAUCAAGAUGAAAAAGGACUAACCUCAGCAAGGCCUCGGCCACCGCUGACAAAGUGUGGCCAGCCGUUUAUUCCCCCUACACGCAGCCGAUGAGGACGCCUGUUAGGGGGUCGUUCACGUGCUCAUAAAGCUGACUUUACAUCCUGUUACUGCUUCCCCAGCAGAAGCGAUUAUGCACAGAUAUGAUUCAGUAACAGUAACAAAGAGGAACUGAAGCAUGUAACUAUGGUUUAUCUCAAGCUUAUACUCCACUGGUCCAAAAAAAAAAGGUCACACAUUGAUACUUCAUUGGCCACCGUUAGCUCUGGCACACGUUCACUGUGGCAUCAUUGCAGUAAGCUUAUGCAAUGUCACAUUUAUUUCUGGGCUGCUGUCUUUUUUUGUUACUGCUGGGAGAGUCAGACCGCUGCGUAAAGCCUUCCCAGCACAUCCCAAAGAUUCUCAGUGGGGUUCAGGUUUGGACUCUGUGGGGUCCGAUCCAUGUGUGGAAAUGAUGUCUCAUUUUCCCUGAACCACUCUUUUUUACAAUCUGAGGCUGACGAAUCAUCUUGGAUAAGCCCAUGCCAUCAGGGAAGACAAACCUGGUCAUUCAGUGCAGGAUACCUCACAUAUUACUGAGUCAGACCCCUAAUCCAAUGGUGGGCUCCCACCCACAAUGCCCUGCCCCCAAGUAGUGAUUUUUUUGGGGGUUUUUUUUGCCAAACACUGAGCAAUUUACAUGACUUCAAAGCCACAUUAUAAGUUCGAGAGUAUUUGGCAAAUAUGGAAUUUUUGCACAUUAAAGAAAAUAAAACAGCAAAAUAAAGACAUCCAGAUGAAUCAAACUGUAGCCGACCUAACUAGCUUAGCAGCUCUCUGUAGCUGCGAUUACACCUUUUAAAAAGUGAAUCGAUGCUUAAAUCACAUAGUUAAAUCUAUUAAAGUCUAUAUUUUAUUAUAUUGGCUUACAUGUUAAUGUGAUGAGUGUUAAUAGUAUUCAGACAGAUGGAACCAAUUCCCCAUAAGCUGCAGUUGUAAAAUAAGGCUUAUUCUCUUGAAAAUUAAAAAGAACAAGACAGUUGAAAGAGCAGUUUGAAGAUGAAGUGUCCAUUUCUGCAGUUUUAGGUAGUCUGAAGGAUCUGCUGUUUGGAGGUAAAGUUAUGAAGGUGAAAAGGAGGAAAGUUAAACCGUUUUCCUCCCCACGCUGCUUCUGUUUUUGCUGCACUGCCGCUGUAGGCGGGUAAACUUCACAUGAUGCCCGCGUCUCCAUCAGCUGAACUGGUGUGAUGUUGCUCCGGGCAGACGAAUGCUUUUAGAUUCAGAGUGUCAGGCAUCGGGAUCUGCCAAAAUAAUGUGAAGCGAUGCAACAUAUUUGAUCUCUUCUUGACUAGAUUUACUCUUUUGCUUCACUGUUUUGGUUUUCUUGUGGUAUCGGCUGCUGUUUAGCAUUCUUCAGUUUGACGGAGAAGCUGCUGUGCUGCGUAGAGGAGGCGGUACGCUUUUAAAAAUCCCCUCCGGAGCCUGGGCGGUGCGUCUGUCUCUGCUCGUCCUUUUGUUCCCGAGAGCGCCUCAGAUGUACCUGUGUCCCCCCCGGGGCUCCAGGCAGCACCUUGUCACCACAAACAGUUUUCUUUUAUUGCUGAACUUAAGCUGUUGUCGAGUUGGAUUCUUCCCCCUUUGUACGCCCUGUUCCAACAAGGUUACAGACAAUACCAGCACUCACACGUUUUAUCCAACCAGCCUUUUAUUGGCCUAAACUGAUUUUUCCAUUUGCUGGUGUUUUCUUCCGUUGCACUGCAUUUGACCUCCCAGCGCAACCGUAGUUAGGUGUUUAAAGAAGUCAUAAAUUAACAGAGAAAGCAGAUUUAUCUCAAGCUUCUUCUUGCUGCCAGAUUAUGCCCCCCCGGUGGCAUCUUUUAUAUACAGUCUGUGGCCAAACGUUGAGAUAAUUCUAGAAAACACCAGAAGUCCUUUAAGUUUGCUGCUACUCAAGUACGCACCGAGUACCCAUCCAUCAGGUAAACAAGAGUCGCGACGGCGUUCUUGGCACAUGCAUCAAAUCUCUCUUUACACACCCAGUGCGGUAAACCAUCUCCAUCGUCAAUCUUCCUGAACGUAACUUGUUUGUCUUUCGGCCGGCCGAACAUUUGGAUGGACAGACCAUUUCGGGCUAUGUGUGGCUCAUAGAGGUGUAAUGGGAGGGAAAAUCUGUAGCCCACUCAUGUGCAGAGCCGUUCAUUAGCAGUGGCAGCAGAGGGGGCCGGGGGACGGCCCCCUCUGCUGGUUGUUUUUCCACUUGGUUUAUUUAUUUGGCACACAGAGGAGCUGCAGAGGCUGCUGCUGCUGCUGAAGGCGAGGUGUUUAAAGUGAGAGCAGGUCAGAAACAUAAAUGUUUUCUCAGGAACACCCCAGAGCCCCGGCUAAUACAGAGCUGUGGUCAGAGGAAAACUCGCUUCUGCUACACCUUAUCUUUCCUCCUCCUAUCGUUCCUUUCCUCUUCUCCUCUGCUUGUCUCCUUUUCUUUUUCCACUGUUCUACUCUCUUCAUUGUUUCCUUUCAUCCCUUUUUUCUUCGUCCAGUCGUUCCUAUCCUUAUCCAUCCCUUCGUUAUCUCCCUCAUGAUCUCUUCUCCUCUUUCCUUAUCUCCCCUUCGUAUCUCCUUCAUUUUUCAUUUCCUCAUUCCCACUCAUUUCUUCCUCUGCUUCCUCCUUCCAUUCCCAUUCUUCUCUCUGCUUUUCUUUUCUUCCAUCUUUUUUCAAUCUGUUUUAACCUGUUAUUCCAUCGGCCUCAUUCCCAUGUUUCCUUAUCCUUUCCUUCCUUUCCCUUCCUAUCUUUAUUCUCACUCGUGCCUUUCUCCCUUAUCUCUUCUUUUUGUUUCCUUUCUUAUCUCCUUUCCAUCCUUUUCUUUUAGAUUUCUCUCCCUCAUUCCUCAUUUGAUCUUGCCCUUCUUGUUUCCUCUAUUUUGUACUUCUCAUCUUUCCUUUUUUCUUGUCCCCACUUCCUCUUUCCUUGCCUUUUACAUCUCUUUCUUCCUCAUCUUCUUUCCUCAUCCCUGGUUACCUCUCCUUUUCUCCUCUCAAUGUUUCCUACUCUUGUCUCCCCUUGCUGUUUAUUCUCCUCUCCUUUUUUAGCUUCUCUGCUCAUCCUGUCUUCUUCCUCCCUGUCCUUCUUGUCUGAUGCAUUUGUUUCCUUGUGUCAUAAUCUCACUCCUCCUUUCCUUGUCACCCCUCGUCAUUUGUCGUCUUCUUGUUUUCUCUCCUCGUCUCCUUUUCAUCCUCCUUCCACUCCCGUUUCCUCUUCCUCCUGUCACUGCGUCACACACAGAAGAGGAAGAAGAGCUGAAUAAGGGAAGAUUUUCUGUCCCUCGUCUCUGACAGCAGCAGCUCUGUGAUCAUUUCUGCCCGUCUGCAGCCCAGCGACAGCUUCGCACUCUUCUCUCUAGUCUACCCACAAGCACGAGGGCUGUCACGCCGAUGCACCAAAAAACCUGACGUCCCCGGCGGCCAAUCACAUCGAAGCGGAAAGUAGUGGUAGCGCAGGAGGGGGACAGGGAGGGGGAAGGGGCGGUGGAGGAGAUCAUAAAUCAUGGAUGAUUUAACAGAAACUUGAAAUACAUUUGUCUGUUUGUAAAAUUUGAUUUCUGUCUUUUUUUCUUUUUUCCCUUCCCUUUCACCGCUUCUCGUUUCCAUUCUAAUUUUUUCUUCCUUUGCUCCCGAAUCUUCCCUCUCUGCUUGCUUUUUUGGGGCAGUGCUGAGCUUUUGUCACCGCUACAGCAGAAACGCCGCUCAUUGAUCUGGGCGAUCAUCAUCACCACAUCACCAUCAGUUUCGCUGACGUUUUCCCCUCGCUGCUUUUUCGCACAUCAUUUUGGUCCGUGAGCCAGUCUCCUUUCUUCCUCCUGUCUCUCCUUGCUUUGCCUUUUUUCAUUCUCUGUCUGCUUCUCAGGUCUCUCAGGCCUCAGCUGGACUAAUAACGUGAGGAGUGAGUACUCGGAUCGUUCUGGUUUUGGACUCCUAAAUCCUAGCUCAGACCUUGAAGGUGUGACAUUUUGUCAUUAGCGUAAUUUGUCUGACUCUCUCGGCUGCUGUAGAGGUCGUUUUCACAUUAAGGAGCCAAAUUAAAAGGGUAAAAUUUAUUCUGCACAUUUGGAGGUUUUUCCAUCGGCUCCAGACCUGCGUUGUGAAGCAGUGCGAGGAUUUCACCUCUAACAUGUAUGUCGCAAAUCCAUCUUUUACCAUAACUAACAGCUAAACACAAUACCUGUGUCCCAGCUUCGCACCGGCUCAGCUACCUUAAAAAAUAACUUUUACGCUCAGUAAAAAAAAUGCUGCUUUGGGGGAUUUUUGAACAAGAAUAUACAAACAAAGCUUAAAAAGACAGGGCAAAAAAACCUAAAAUUUGUGACUAUGCCGAAAUGUAUAUGAUAAGCAGUAACACAGCAACAGAACCAUAAAAAUGUCAGAGCUUUCAGUGAGGGAGGAUAGAUUUGGGUGCUUAGCUGGAGCUUGGAACGUCCACGAUGAGUGGCCAACAGUUAGCUACAAAGUGAUGCAUAACAAACAAACUUUUACUACUUUUUAAAACUUUUACUAUUUAACUAGUCAUGCAUACUGCGAGUUUUAUCCUCUCUAACCACGCCCCCUAUUCUAAGUCACACGCCCAGUGACUUUAGCCACUCCCACUCAUUCACUCCCAUUUGUAAAAUAAACAAUGCGAAAUAUUUGCAACUCCAGUCAAAAAUAAAAUGAUGAAAAUGAUGAUCAUUACUAAAAUAAACUCUCCUCUUCGCAGGUGUGUGAAAGUGUGAAACUGGGACACAGCGAAUCGUGUUACCUUUACAUUUGUCUGCAACACGUAUGUUGUCAGAGUUUAACCCGUUCCCAAAUCAGUGUGUUAUAAAAGUUUUAAUGAAUGUGACAAGUCGAGUUUGGAUUAAAGCGCAGAAAUGCAGCGAGCUGAGACGAAAGGUUUCAUGUAAACCGAAUCUGAAGUGACAAGAUAAAUAAUCCUGCGCGCACCCGGUGCUCGACGCGGUGUGUGACAUCUUGCUGGAGGGAAAUCUGACACUGACUGUGUAUUUAUACCACCGGCACACAGUAAAUUACAAGCAGACAUUUUAUUAUAUAGUUAAUACAUUUAUGGAAUGUAUUAGUAGUGUCAGAAAUAGCAUUAAAAGCUAGCACGCAGUUAAAGUAUAACCUAAACCACUUCAGCUAUAUUGUAUGUAUAUUAACAAUCAUUUAGUUUAAAUUUGGGAGAGAACAUGUAAAAAGAAAAAAGUGUCAUCUAUGUUUUAUAUAAUCAAGCUUUUUUUGUAUUUUUAUACUUGAAGAGGAUUCAUACGCACGUUUAACACAUUUAUUCUGUAAAUUUUUAUUUUUCUGCGUUAAAGAUUUCUUUAUUUUUUCUGCUAACCAUGAAACAAACCAUUAACACAUUGUAUCGUAGAGACCAGGAGAGGCGCCAGAUGCUCGCGGCGGGCAGGAACAUGUAUAGAAAGCACAUGAAACAAUCACCUCUCUGAUAGGAUGGCCUCAUUUUGUAGCUGUUUUCCUCUACUAUAACCAAUAGUGUGUGUACACUACACAGAUGAUACAAUUCAAACUGUUUAUCGAUGGUUUCUUGAUGAAUGUGUGAUUGUUCAAACCAUUUGUGGGUGUUCAAAUCAUGUAUAUAAACCCAGAUAAUAUAUAACAAAAUGGAUUUUAUGUGAAACUUUUAUAGAAGGAAUUAAAAAAAGAGGAAAAAACUCUCCAAAAUGGCAUGCAUACUGUAUACAUUCCUGGAAAUCUGCACGCUGGGUCAACAGAGGUCUCAUUUUCUUGUCAGAAAUUCUGUGUAUACUUGUGAGUGUAUGAUAGAGUAAAACAAAAAUUGUACAGUUACAUAGAUUUUUGUAUUAUGUUCCAAAUGGCAAAGUAAAGCCCCCAGAGAAAAAAAAAAGAAAAGAAAAAACACGACUAUUAUACCUUCAGAGAAAUGAACGAUAUUGUAUAUCAACUAAAUGAUGAGUGGUGCUUGCUGUGUGGGGUAAGUGUUGUUUGUGAAUCGUGAAGAAGAAUGAUAAACUACUACAAAGUCAGUAUAACUAAAGACCAACUAAACAGUGCAAAAACACUGCGCAACUUUGUGUGUGGAAGCUAAAAGUUGCUGCUUCGUGUGAGAAAAACCAACCGAAUGAAAAAGGUUGCUGCUUUUGUACAUCCUGUUGUGUUUUUGUGACAAUAAAGGUGACCCUCUUAUAAA